UGUUGGCGUGCGUGGGUGACAGUAGUGGCAGGUACGGCCGGCAAGGAGCAGCAGAAUUGUCUGCUGGCUCCACCCACUGCGAGCGCUGAUUGGCUGCACCGGGGCCAAUCCCGGCCGAGCGUCGUGACCUGAGAAAUCUCUCCAGGGUACACAAUGGGGUGUCAACUGCAGCUCAAAUGGCGAAAGUUUGGCCUUACUCACCACCAUCCGGUCAGGUUCGGCACGGCCCAGUGGCAAGACAAAGAGUCCAUCAGCUUGCCGUUCCUCCUGUACCGGUUCGUCGUUUUCGGCUACUUCUUCGGCUUCUUCAUCUGGAAUCUUCUCCAUGACUUCACGAGCGCCACUCUCUGCUACUACCUGAUCUACCUCACCAACUGGACCUACCUUACGGCACUGUUGGAUACCAUUGUUCAGCUGGUUUCAGCCAUUCUUGCCGCCUACAGAUGCCAUAAAGGCAUCAAGCCGGCGCUGCCGUCUUGGCUAUACCAGCUGCACUGGGCCAUCAUCAACAUCUCGCACACCAUGGAGCCGUUCGUGAGCGUGCUGUACUGGACGGCAGUGUAUCCGCAGAUCAACGUGGCUGUGACAUACUCUGACAUCCACCUGCACCUGCUGACCACACUCUACACCCUCGGAGACCUCAUGGUGCACGGAAGUCCGCGGCGCUACCACCACGUGACCUUCCCUCUGUGUUACGGCCUGGCCUACCUCCUCUUCACCAUCAUCUACUACGCCUGCGGCGGUCUAGAUCCAAAAGGCAACACCGGCAUCUAUCCGAUAUUGGACUGGGCGCAGCCAGGUCUCACCUUGGGCGUCGCCGCGGGGGCGGUCGUCGCCAUCUUUGUUUUGCAUGCUGUGACGUGGGGUAUGGUGCAGGGGAGGAUGCAUCUCCACGGCACCUGCCUGGGUAAGAAGGUCAGUGUGGACGCGGAAUUUGAGCGCGGGGACGGCGGAGGCGACGGCGGGCGUGAGGAGAGCGGAUGCGAGAGCCCGGAAGGACAAGAGGAGCUCUGUGUGGACGUAGACAUUGGUGACGGUGCCGGCGGGAAUGCAGCUCGGGCUGGAAGACCGACGGCCGGCGCGCGGGCCGACUCCAAAAAGGCCUUCGAUAAUGCUGCUCUAACUGUUGGUGACGAAACUGCAACAAGUCAGCCUCAACCCCGGGCGCCGGUAGCGUGAUGGAGGUUCUGCUGAGCAAUCAUGUUUUUUCCAAAAGGAGAACCUUGAACUAUUUUUUAUCAAGUCUGUUGCAGUGAAGUCUGGUGGAGCAAUGCGGAAGAAGUUGCGGUGAUGAAUGGUAGGAAAUGAGCGAUUUAGGAUGGCGAAGUGGACCAUGGUCAGGGCAAGAGAUCUGCCGUGUCUGGGCCAUAUCAGGUCCAUUCACGCUCUAGACAUUUGAGGUGGUGUACGUGGUAGACUGCAUAUUACUUGAGGCUGCAAAUGGAAAUCAGUUUACCAAACGGCCUUCUGACUAUUCGAUUUUCUGUGAUCCGCUUCGUCACAGGGCCAAGUGACCGCAAUGUUGGCACGCCCCAAUCCUCAUUAGACUUGUCGACCUCCUGUGAUGUGAUCUGUGAUCCCAGACGCUAUGUUUACGUUGUGUCAUUUCAUGUCGUGCCUUGUCUUGAUUCCGUGGCGUCGCCAUCCGCUAUCGAACCGAGCCGAUCGUGUCGUCGCCUUAGUUUUGAGACGGCCUCACCUUUUGCGGAAUCUAGUCCUGUGUGGUCCAUAUCAGGACGUCAACGUGCUGAGUCAUGAUGAUGUUUUAUCGAUGUUGGUUGGAUGAAAACGCGUUAUUGCUGAAUCACGAUUCGACCAUGGUUAAUGCGUGUUGAAGCGAGUCACGUCUCAUGGCUAGUGCUUUGGUUUGGUUUGCCUCGGAGUAACUUCCGUCGACACAGUCCUUAUUUACGUCAGUCCGAAACGCGACACCAAGCAUACGUGCAGAACGCCACACCACGUCACUCUCUGAC